AUGGAAGAUUCCGGAAUCGAUUCCGACUCCCGCAAAGGACUUCAUGAUGACGCUGAAAGCAACAGCAGCGACAGUGUCAUCGACGGAGCCGACGGUAGAGGGGAUUCUUACGUAGCUCUACAAACGACGGAUCCUGAUGCAGAGGGAGCCGAAACGAACAAGCGGCCCAGGAAGAACCGGUCGCAGCUCCACAAACGUUUAGAGAAACAUCUCGAGUCUGCCAAACGCAUCCGAUCAACUCGGGGUACCGAGGAGUCCAAAUUAGAAACCAAAGGGGUUCCUAUAGUUAGUGAGGAGCGGGUCGAGAAACCUUUGGUGCACUGGGAGAAUGAAAGUGAAGACGAAUUCAUUCCGCCGCCGCUGAGUCGGGCAGCGGCACGGGAACUGACCCAACAAUUGAUACGAGAAGGUUAUGAUCUACAAUUUAGAGAAGAGGAAGACGAAUUGGACCUCUUGCCCCCAACAACGACUCGCAAGGGCGCGUGUUGCGGCCAUGUAUGUGUGAUAUCCUGA